AUGGGAGAACGGCCUCAGGGAGAUUUUUCUGCUGCAUCCACACACCAUUCCAUGCUCACAUCUGUGCUUGGAAGUCCCUCAAGAGCCAAAGACUCAUUAAUAUAUAGCUAUGGAAAGAGCAUGAACGGUUUUGCUGCAAAAUUAUCAGAUGAAGAGGUUGCAAGAUUCGAAGGAGUGUGGCCAGAAUCUGAUAGCUUUAACGAUGUCAAGUUAAGCUCACCACCUUCUCGAUGGAAGGGUACUUGCCAAGGAGAGGAAAUUGGACAACGUAAUACGUACAGCAAAAUCAUCGGAGCUCGGUACUACAACGCAGAAGGAUCAUACGGGCCAACCGACUUCAAAUCCCCAAGAGACUCCAUCGGCCACGGAAGCCACACGGCCUCCACCGCCGGCGGCCGAGAAGUUCCGGACACGAGCUUCUACGGGCUUGCGGGUGGAACGGCAAGAGGAGGAGUACCCAGCUCGAGGAUCGCGGUGUACAAGGUGUGCUGGGGAAGUGGACAGUGCUCCUUCGCAGAUAUCCUAGCAGGAUUCGACGACGCAAUAUCAGACGGCGUGGACAUCAUAUCGAUCUCCCUCGGCGGCGAUGGGCCCAUCCCUUACUUGAAGGACCCCAUUGCCAUUGGCUCUUUUCAUGCCAUGAAGCGUGGCAUACUGACUUCGGCUUCUGCUGGAAACUCUGGACCAGAUCCCUUGUCCGUUUCCAAUUAUGCACCUUGGUUGACCACUGUCGCUGCCUCCACCAUUGACCGAAAAUUUGUCGCCAAAGCCGUUCUCGGCGAUGGGCAAGUUUUUUAUGGUGUGACAAUCAAUACUUUCACUCUAAACCGGACGACAUACCCGUUGAUAUGGGGAGGAGAUGCUGCAAACUACUCGGCUGGGGUGAACCAAGACAUUUCAAGGUACUGUUAUCCAGGCACACUCAAUUCUCUCAAAACAGCAGGCAAAAUUGUUUUCUGCGAAGCAGCCUUGGAUGGUUUCGGAGUUCUAGUUGCCGAUGGGGUUGCAACCAUCAUGGCUGAUUACGUCACCACUGAUGUUGCCUUCAAUUUCCCUUUGGCCUCUACACUGCUCACAGUCGAAGAUGGGCAGAGGGUUCUCGACUACAUCAAGACAGCAGAGAGCCCCAUCGCAACCAUCGAGUAUGGAGAGACUUGGGAUGACGCAAUGGCACCUUCGGUUGUCUCAUUUUCCUCCAGAGGACCCAACCCUAUCACCGCAGACAUUCUCAAGCCUGAUCUUACUGCCCCCGGUGUGGACAUUGUCGCGGCAUGGUCGCCGGUGGCAUCACCAACAGAUUCUGAUAGGGAUCGAAGGAGUGUUGGGUAUAAUGUAAUAUCGGGCACUUCGAUGUCAUGCCCUCAUGUUAGUGGCACUGCUGCCUAUGUCAAGGCUGCUCAUCCAGAUUGGUCUCCUGCUGCCAUCAAGUCUGCCCUUAUGACUACAGCAACAAUCAUAGAUCCAAGGAAGCACGAAGAUCUCGAAUUCGCAUACGGGUCGGGUCAAAUCAACCCAGACCAAGCACUCAACCCGGGUCUGAUCUACGACAUUUCACCCUCAGACUACACAGAUUUUCUCUGCAAGCAAGGCUACAAUACCACCACCUUAAGGAUCAUCACAGGAGACAACAGCAGCGCCUGUGCCACCACAACACCGGGACGGGCGUGGGAUCUCAACUACCCCACGUUCUCCGUCGCCGUGGAAGACUCUGAGAACGUCAACGCCGUUUUCACCAGAACAGUCACCAACGUCGGAUCCCCUAACUCAACCUACUCCCUCCUCGUCUACUUUCCAUCUCCAAACAUCGUCGUUUCAGUGGACCCACCUGUGCUGUCGUUCGCCGCCAUCGGAGACAAGGUUAGUUUCACGGUGAAGGUGACCGGUUCGGGGAUAACACAACAGCCGAUCAUGUCGGGUGCGAUAUUGUGGAGAGAUGGGUCCCACGAGGUGAGGAGCCCGCUUGUGGUAUACAACUAUAUUCCUGGUAUUGCUUCCGCUCGGUACGGCGGCGGUGGGCCUAACCGGAAACCUGGUUUCGUAGGUUCUUCUUUCUCGCAUAACAAAAAUGGAUUCUUCGGACGUAGCUAGGGUCUUACUUUCCAUGCUUAAAGACUCAAAUAAAAAGUAAAAACUCGAUGAUGUCACAUAAUUUCAUGGAUUGUAAUAAUAUAGAUCUUUGCUUUCGCAGUAUAUUGUGAUUAAUUACUCAUAUUACUAAUAUAAUCGAGUUGUACGUGCUGCCUAACAUAUUUAUGGGAUAAUGGCGGCAAUGGCAUAAUUAACACAUUAACUUUAAUAUAUAUAUAUAUUUUUUUAUGAAAAGAAUA